GAUCAGCGUUCUUUCCCUCCCGGGGAGAAAGCUGGAUAUAUACCAGUUCAUUGGGGACCCAGAGUAUCUUUUCUUUCUCCUUAAGGAUCUCUCCGAAUUGAUGGAAUCCCAAACAUUACUCCUGACUCUACUGACCGUGAAGAUGGAGAACAGCCUCGCAGCAUUUGAAGAAGAGGCAGAAAGGAAUUUAGUAACGAUGUGCCAAGAGAAGAAGCAGCUCCUGAAAAAGGCCCACGAGCUAAAGCGCAAACUUCUCCUCUGUCAGAAGAAGCGGGAGCUGGUGGAUGUCCUCAACCCCCAGAUCGAGAUGCUCAGCCCCUACGCGGCUGUGUCUGAAAGCUUCAAGGAGCAGUACAAGGCACUCGCGAAGGCCCUGGACACCACGAGGCAUGAGCUGCCUGUGAGAUCAGUUCACCUGGACGGAGGCGCGCAGAAGUUCUUAGGUAGGACGGGCAUCUGCUGGGCAAGGAACGGGAAGAACUACCAGCGGGUUUGGCACUUCCUGUGUGCUGGCACCUUUAUUCCUUCAUGGCAUCCUCACAAGCCUCAUGUUAGAUAGAUGGCAUGUCCCCCUUCACAUGGCACAGGAUGUAGGGUGCUGGCAAGACUGGUUUGUCCAGAGUGGCACCCCAAGAAAGAGCCAUGCUGGGAUUGGAACCCAGGCCUGUGGUUUCCUUGUUGAUGUCCUACCCCCACUGAAAGGCAUUCUUGGGGAGCGGCCUGCAACCCCACAGCCUUGAGAGAGGGGCUCUACUAAGGUGCAUUGUUGAUGGGGCGGUGAUAGGGCUGCAGACCCCCACCCUCUGCCUUCUACACAGAGCCAAGGGGUCCCUUUCCUGCAGAGGGGUCCCAUCUAGUCCUUCACCUAAAGAAAUGGGCAGGUGUGAAGUGCUGUGCUUGAUCUCAAAAUUCUCUAG